CCGCCCACCGGCACGGGCUUCUCCUCCCGCUAACGGGCGGGCCUGCCGCCUCCCUCCGCCGCUCACCCGCCGGGCUCUGCUCCCUGCUCUGCUGCCCCGGGCAGGGCUUCGCCCUCCUCUCUAUGGGCAGAAGCCGGUCCCCUCCUGCCUGCUGGACAGUUGCUGUGCGACUUGGACAGUAGAGGAGCGCCUCCCAAGUUUUCAUCCAACUGCCACCCCCAAAGCCUCCACCCUCCUCCCCUCGGGACGUUUGAUGCCAGGCCCCUGAGAUUCUCAUUGACAAGCCCCUCUGGGUCCCCUGAGCAGAGCCUGCUGACCCAAUUGCCCACCUUUGCGGCUUUGAUGCCUAGCCAUGUCUGCCUCAUCCUCAGGCGGCUCCCCCAGGUUUCCAUCGUGUGGGAAGAACGGAGUAACAAGUCUCACGCAGAAAAAGGUCUUGAGAACACCUUGUGGCGCACCCAGUGUAACUGUGACGAAGCGAACCAUGAAGGACAGCUCUUCAACUCCCCCCUUACAUGUUCACGUGGAUGAGAACACCCCUGUCCACGUCCACAUAAAAAAACUCCCGAAACCAUCAGCGGCCAGCAGCCAGAAAUCUCAUAAGCGCGGAAUGAAAGGGGACACCGUGAAUGUGCGACGGAGUGUCCGUGUGAAAACCAAGAAUCCACCUCAUUGCCUGGAGAUCACACCACCAUCUUCAGAAAAGCUGGUUUCGGUGAUGCGGUUAAGUGACCUCUCUACAGAAGAUGACGACUCGGGUCACUGUAAAAUGAACCGUUACGAUAAGAAGAUUGACAGUCUAAUGAAUGCGGUUGGUUGUCUCAAGUCUGAGGUCAAGAUGCAGAAGGGGGAGCGCCAAAUGGCCAAAAGGUUCCUGGAGGAGCGGAAGGAGGAGUUGGAGGAGGUGGCACACGAACUGGCUGAGACAGAGCACGAGAACACCGUGCUGAGGCACAACAUCGAGCGCAUCAAGGAGGAGAAGGACUUCACCAUGCUUCAGAAGAAACACCUCCAGCAGGAGAAGGAGUGCCUUAUGUCCAAGCUGGUUGAGGCGGAAAUGGAUGGAGCAGCUGCUGCCAAGCAAGUCAUGGCCUUGAAGGAUACCAUCGGGAAGCUGAAAACAGAGAAACAAAUGACCUGCACGGACAUUAACACCCUGACGAGGCAAAAGGAACUUCUCCUGCAGAAGCUGAGCACAUUCGAAGAAACCAACCGCACCCUCCGAGACCUGCUGAGGGAACAGCACUGCAAAGAGGAUUCUGAAAGACUAAUGGAGCAACAAGGAGCCCUGCUGAAACGCCUGGCGGAGGCCGACUCAGAGAAAGCGCGCCUGCUGUUACUACUACAAGAUAAGGACAAGGAGGUGGAGGAGCUCCUCCAGGAGAUUCAGUGUGAGAAGGCUCAAGCGAAGACAGCGUCUGAGCUGUCUAAGUCCAUGGAGUCCAUGCGUGGGCAUUUGCAGGCACAGCUGCGGUGCAAAGAGGCUGAGAACAGUCGCCUGUGUAUGCAGAUCAAGAACCUGGAGCGCAGCGGGAACCAGCACAAGGCAGAAGUGGAGGCCAUCAUGGAGCAGCUGAAGGAACUGAAGCAGAAGGGAGACCGAGACAAAGAGACCUUGAAGAAGGCCAUCCGAGCCCAGAAGGAGCGAGCCGAGAAGAGCGAGGAAUAUGCCGAGCAGCUGCACGUGCAGCUUGCUGACAAGGAUCUUUAUGUCGCUGAAGCUUUAUCCACUCUGGAAUCAUGGAGGAGCCGCUACAACCAAGUUGUGAAGGACAAGGGGGACCUUGAGUUGGAAAUUAUCGUCCUGAAUGACCGGGUGACAGAUCUUGUAAACCAGCAACAAACCUUGGAGGAGAAGAUGCGGGAAGACCGGGACAGCCUAGUGGAGAGACUACACCGUCAGACUGCAGAGUAUUCCGCGUUCAAGCUGGAGAACGAGAGGCUGAAGGCCAGCUUUGCCCCGAUGGAGGACAAGCUCAAUCAGGCACACCUUGAGGUCCAGCAGCUAAAGGCGUCGGUGAAGAACUACGAGGGGAUGAUUGACAACUAUAAGAGUCAGGUGAUGAAGACCAGGCUGGAGGCUGAUGAGGUGGCUGCCCAACUAGAACGCUGCGACAAAGAGAACAAGAUCCUUAAAGAUGAGAUGAACAAAGAGAUUGAGGCGGCACGUCGACAGUUCCAGUCCCAGCUGGCUGACCUGCAGCAGCUGCCUGACAUCCUCAAGAUCACAGAGGCGAAGCUGGCCGAGUGCCAAGACCAGCUGCAGGGCUACGAGAGGAAGAACAUCGACCUCACGGCCAUCAUCUCAGACCUGCGCAGCCGGAUCGAACAUCAGGGGGACAAGCUGGAGAUGGCGAGAGAGAAACAGCAGGCUUCCCAGAAGGAAAAUAAACAGCUGAGUCUGAAGGUCGAUGAACUGGAGAGGAAACUGGAGGCGACCAGCGCCCAGAAUAUCGAGUUCCUACAGGUGAUUGCCAAGAGGGAGGAGGCAAUCCACCAGUCCCAGCUGCGACUGGAGGAGAAAACCCGUGAAUGUGGGUCCCUGGCGAGGCAGUUGGAGAGUGCCAUUGAAGAUGCCAGGAGGCAGGUGGAGCAAACCAAGGAGCAUGCCCUUUCCAAGGAGCGAGCCUCCCAGAACAAAAUCCUGGACCUUGAGACCCAGCUGAGCAGAACCAAAACGGAACUCAGCCAGCUGCGGCGGAGCCGGGACGAUGCAGACCGCCGCUACCAGAGCCGGCUACAAGACCUGAAAGAUCGCCUGGAGCAGUCGGAGAGCACCAACCGCAGUAUGCAGAACUACGUCCAGUUCCUCAAGUCCUCGUACGCCAACGUGUUUGGGGACAGUCCCUACACCACCUACCUGACCAGCUCCCCCAUCCGCUCCCGAUCUCCUCCUGUCUGAAAGUGCCUAUCUGGGGCCUGGAGCCCUGACUGAUGCCCUGGGAGCUAAGGAGUUGCCAAGUCAUAGCUGGGAAGCCUGUGGGUUUUCCUCUCUUCCAGCGACAAAGCGUGUUCAGGGUCUUGUCCAUAGCUACUGGUCUUGGAAAAGUCCCUAAAUCAGCAGAGUAUGAAACAGGAAGGACUCGGUUCUCUUCUUCCUGAUACAGUUGCCUGAUAGAAGUUUUUUAGUUGCCUUGACAGGCCUUAAAUUUCUUACCAUGUUAGGGUACUAGGUUUUUAAUUCUCAGUGACUUUGCUCCAUCCUUCUUAAAAGAGUGUUUGGACUGGGCUUUCUCUUCCAGUUUCUUCUAGCCUCAUCGUUUUUGGAAUCUCUCUCUUGGGCUUUCUCUGACCUCCGCCAGCAGGAGCCCCCACCCUGGCAGGCCGUGAACAUCUCCACUUGCUUUUUUUCUUAUUUCAGUGGUGUGAUGUUUUCCCAGGGCUCCCUUCCCAAGCCGCGUGGAAACCUCUGACACCUGAGAUUUCUUGAGACACUUACCCCGAGUCACUUCAGUAGAGAGCCUUGAGGACUUGUGCCAUUUGGCCUUUUACAAGUGGAACUCCAAUCUCAUUGAUUUUCAUUUUUCUUUGCCUGGUUUAUAUUUCUGGAUUGCAUUUAUUCUUGAACUAUCUCUGUGGUUUUACAAAGUACUUUUAUAAUCACUUAUUUAAAGCUCCACUAGAUGAUUUCCUUUACCCACCUACCCCCAUCCCUCUUCUAAAAAAGACUAAGUGAAAAUGCUGCAGGAGAGCCAUUAAAAGUUUUCAAGUUUCUGGUACUUGACACAGGAGGCUUUUGAUUUCAUUUCAGUCCAGAAUGGUUCUUUCUCCUUGUGUUCUAGCACAUUCUAAUCAUGAGGCGUGUGGAGGAGAUGGACUUUGUAAGGCAUCACUCGGUACUUCAGGGCAGACCACUGUAGCUGU